CAUCUUUGAAUAACUUUUGUCCCUUUUUCAAAGUUUUGUCUUGGGUUUCAAGUUCAACCAAAACUUUGCAUUUUCUUGCAGCUAAACCUAGUUGAAUUGGUUGGUUUAGGACAUCCAGAUUGAUGGGAUUGGAAUAUUGUUGAUUAGAAAAAACAAAAACAUAAUUAUUAAGGGUUCUACCUGGAGAUUGAGGGACUAAAAUUAAUGAAAAGGAUCCCAUUCACUUUCUCAAGAACAUCAAUAAUGAUUUCUCUGUGUAUAUAUCGCUUAUUCCUUUAGGGUUAGACUGUUUUCUGCCAUGUUGACUAGGUGCAAACCGAAGUCAGUGAUAAUAUUGAACCUGCAUAUUUGAAGUUGGGUUAAUGUUAAUGUCCAUCUAACUUUUCAUUGUAAAAGCUCAGCUGCAAACACUUUAAUUCUUGCUGAAUGAGCCAGGAAUCAGGAAUGUUGAGCCGCUGGAUAUAAGUUAGUUUGUAAUCAUAUUAGUUAGUUUGUACUCUCUGAUUACAGGUGGGACAUUAUGAUUGUAUUUCGUCAUUUUGUUCUCAUGGUAUCAGUUCCUGUUUUCUGGAGUUGAAAGUCAAUCCUUUUAAAUUCCUAACGUGUCAAAUGCUUCAUUGAUUGUUUUUUGCAUUUUGAUUUCUAAACUAGUGCCUUGGCACCCUUGUCAGGAUCCUCAUGGUAUUUGGGGAACCUUUGGGGUCAGGGGAGGAAGUGGGGUUGUCAGGUUUAAAGCCUUACUUAUAUCUGCAAUGGUUCUCCUUCUUUGUUCAGAGGGAAAAAAUGAAAAGCAGAUGAAAUUAUACUCCAACCUGUCUAAUUGGUUAUUGCAUAUUUAACCAAAAGCUCACUGUUCUUGUAGAUGUAUAUAUUUCAUAAUUAUUCUUAAUUCCUGUGUAAGCAUUUUUCUAAGUUUUAUGAUGGCUGAUAGCUUUUGAAUGUUCUAAAAUUUAUGUGCCUAUAGCAAAAUCAAAAUAACAAUAUCUUACUGUUUUGUGAAUGAGGCAGAAGGGUGAUGCAAUGAAGCAGUCUUUUGAUCCUUCGGCUUGGGGUCCUUCCAAGAUUCCAUCUAUAAAUAUACCUGGGAAAUUGGGUCAUGGGGCAUGGGAGGCUUUGUCUGGAUCUGAUUCCUACCAUGCUUCAUCUGAUGCUAGCCUCUUUUCUAGCUCAUUACCUGUUCUUCCACAUGAAAAAUUGAACUUAAAUGAAACUGCAAAUGGCUAUCAAUCUGUUGAUGACAUCUCAUCUAGCUUUAAAAAGCUCCAUCAAGGUGCAGAGGGAAAUGGUUCCCUUGAAGAUGGUGAUACUCGUGCAGUUGGACCCAUGCUUCCUGAUGAUGAGGAGGAGCUUUUAGCUGGCAUAAUGGAUGAUUUUGACCUAAGUGGUUUGCCUGGUUCUCUUGAGGACUUGGAAGAGUAUGAUCUUUUUGGUAGUGGUGGAGGUAUGGAACUAGAAACUGAUCCACAAGAAAGUCUCACUGUGGGUAUGUCUAAGUUAAGCUUCUCUGAUAGUACUGUUGGAAAUGGUUUGCCCCAUUAUACUUUUCCUAAUGGUGUUGGAACUGUUGCUGGAGAACAUCCAUAUGGAGAGCAUCCUUCUCGAACAUUAUUCGUUCGAAAUAUUAACAGUAACGUGGAGGAUUCAGAGCUGAGAGCUCUUUUUGAGCAAUAUGGUGAUAUUAGAACCCUAUAUACUGCCUGCAAGCAUCGUGGAUUUGUAAUGAUAUCCUAUUAUGACAUUCGUGCUGCUCGAACAGCCAUGCGUGCAUUACAAAACAAACCUCUGCGGCGCAGGAAACUAGACAUUCAUUUCUCAAUACCAAAGGAUAAUCCAUCAGACAAGGAUAUCAACCAAGGAACAUUGGUCGUCUUCAAUUUGGAUCCAUCUGUUUCAAAUGAGGACCUCCGUCAAAUAUUUGGGGCUUAUGGAGAGGUCAAAGAGAUAAGGGAAACUCCUCACAAGAGGCAUCACAAGUUUAUUGAGUUUUAUGAUGUCAGAGCUGCAGAAGCAGCGCUUAAAUCAUUAAAUAGGAGUGACAUAGCUGGUAAACGCAUAAAGCUUGAACCUAGUCGGCCUGGAGGAGCUCGUCGAAAUUUGAUGCUCCAGUUAAAUCAAGAACUUGACCAAGAUGAACCACGGAGUUUCCGAUAUCCAGGGGGUUCUCCUGUAGCCAACUCUCCUCCAGGUAACUGGUUACAGUUCAACAGCCCUGUUGAGCAGAAUUCAAUGCAAACUAUCAAUCACUCUCCUGGUUCUAGGAUCAUGAGCCCAACAACCGGCAAUCAGUUACCUGGAUUAGCUUCAAUUUUGCAACCACAAGUAUCCAACAGUGUGAAGACUGCUGCUAUUGGCAAUGACAUAGGAAGGAGCAGUCAUGGAGAGCACUUAUUUACCAGUAUGAAUUCAUCCCAUGGAGCUACAUUUCAGUCGCAUUCACUUCCAGAGCCAAAAUUCAGCCAAUAUCGUGGAGCAUUGCCCUCAUUUGGUCCAUCAACAUCAAAUGGGUCCUCAGUGGAAACCUUGUCUGGGCCACAGUUUCUAUGGGGAAGUCCAACCCUAUACUCAGAGCAAUCCAAACCGUCAGCUUGGCCAAGAUCAUCUGUGGGGCAUCCAUUUACGUCUAAUGGAAAGAGCCAUGCAUUCCCAUACUCAAGUCAGAAUAGUUCCUUUGUCGGUUCAUCCCAGCACCAUCACAAUCAACAUGUUGGUUCUGCCCCAUCAGGUUUGCCUUUUGAGAGACACUUUGGCUUUCAUCCCGAGUCACCUGAAACUUCAUUCAUGAAUAAUGUUGGAUAUGGAGGCAUGAGUCUGGGGCACAAUGAUGGAAAUUACAUGGUUAAUGUGGGUGGAGCUGUCAAUACUAGCAUCAAUAUCCCAAGAAAUAUGCCUGAUAACGGUUCGUCAAACUUCAGAAUGAGAUCUUCUCCUAGGCUUAGCCCUGUCUUCUUGGGCAAUGGUCCUUAUCCAGGACUGCUACCUACCACCAUGGAGGGUUUGACUGAUCGCUCUCGGAAUAGAUGGAUAGAGAACAAUGGAAGCCAAGUUGAUAGCAAGAAGCAAUUUCAGCUUGACUUGGAUAAGAUUAAAAGUGGUGAAGAUACAAGGACUACAUUAAUGAUCAAGAAUAUCCCAAACAAAUACACCUCAAAAAUGUUAUUAGCUGCUAUUGAUGAAAAUCACAGGGGUACUUAUGAUUUUCUCUAUUUGCCAAUUGACUUUAAGAAUAAAUGCAAUGUGGGUUAUGCAUUUAUCAACAUGCUGUCACCCUCACUUAUUAUUCCAUUCUACGAGACAUUCAAUGGGAAAAAGUGGGAGAAAUUUAAUAGUGAAAAAGUUGCCUCAUUGGCAUAUGCUCGAAUCCAAGGAAAAUCUGCCCUUGUGAGUCACUUCCAAAAUUCAAGUUUGAUGAAUGAGGAUAAGCGAUGCCGCCCUAUUCUCUUCCACUCAGAGGGUUCAGAAGCUGGUGAUCAGAUCAUUCAAGAGCAUCUUCCUUCCAACUCCAACAACCUAAACAUUCAGGGACUUAGGCCAAGUGAAUUACAUUCAAGUGAUUUCCCUGGUAGUCCUCCAAAGGAAGGCCCUUCUACGAGCUUGGAUGCAAAAUAGCAGUUAUAUGAGAAUAGCCCAAAUUGGUUGCUGUUAAUGUUAGCUUUUGCAUGUACAUGUCUCUUUGGUGCUGCAUAUAUUUAUUAGGAAGGAUGUAGAUUUUGUACCAUAGUUACUUUCCCAAGUAUUUUGCCAGAAAGCUUCAGAAGGUUGGAGCAUUUUGAUUGUUUUGCUGCACAGGUAGCUUAUCUGUGAUAAUGUACACAAGGUGGGAGCAAAGGCUGAAGAGUUGAGUGAUUAGUUUCCAGGACUAAGAUGUUUCUCUCCAGUUUUGCGUUUUGGUGUUUUGGCAUUGAGCAUUUUUUCUUUCUGAAAAAUGUUAAUAUCGUUAGAGUUCUGUUAGGUUGGAGAUUGGAAGUUGGUAAGUUUAUGUGGGGGUACAAAAUUGUAUAGAGAGAAAUAAACACUUCUUUCUAUAUUUUCGCUAAUGUAUUAGUACUCAUGAAAAUGAAGUGGAAAACACUUGUUUAAGUA